CCGGCGAAGACUUGAGUGGAUGAAAGCACCCCACAACCUUGCCUCUGGGGCCACCUCACAUCCUAGGGCUCAGGAACGCCCUGUGCGGUGGCACGUAGAGGGUGGGAUGGGGGGCGGAAUGCUCUACACCCAUUGAUCUGGGGUGCCCCUGUAAGGAGUAUCUGUGGGAGGACUCAGGAAAACAUCCCGCGAGGGCUAGGAGUGCGCGGGACGUCUUCCCAGUGCGAUCUGGACUUUUGCUCUGUUUGCUCCAGGCUGUGAGAGCCAGGAGCACCUCUGCACACUGAGGGUUGGGGUGCGGGUCACCAUAAUCGGGGAAGGGGUGAGGGGUACGAGGAAUCGGGUCACUAGCACACAGACGUGACCAGGGACGCAGGGACACGUUUCCAAGUCGGUUGGGAUUCCUCCACGUCAGUCCCCGUCCUCGCGCGCGCGCCCCCGCCGGACCUGUGGCGUCCCAGUGAUUGCACUGACAGCUACCCAAAAGAAGUGCUCGCGCCAGCUCUGCUCGGCUUGCGCCACCCGCUCCGGAACCAAAGUGCGGAGGGUACAGUGUGGGGACAAGGAGGGUAGACGGACCUGCGCCGGAAGUGAGGCACUUAGCGCCCGCGGCUGCUGCUAUGGCGCACAUCACCAUUAACCAGUACCUGCAGCAGGUAUAUGAAGCCAUUGACACCAGAGAUGGAGCGUCCUGUGCAGAGCUGGUGUCCUUCAAGCACCCUCAUGUCGCAAACCCACGGCUCCAGAUGGCCUCUCCAGAAGAGAAAUGCCAGCAAGUUUUGGAGCCCCCUUAUGAUGAAAUGUUUGCGGCUCAUUUAAGGUGUACCUACGCUGUGGGGAAUCACGACUUCAUAGAGGCGUACAAAUGCCAGACGGUGAUAGUCCAAUCAUUCCUUCGGGCGUUCCAGGCUCACAAAGAAGAAAACUGGGCUCUGCCUGUCAUGUACGCAGUAGCACUUGACCUCCGCGUGUUUGCCAAUAAUGCAGAUCAGCAGUUGGUAAAGAAGGGGAAGAGCAAAGUUGGAGACAUGCUGGAAAAGGCCGCCGAGCUCCUGAUGAGCUGCUUCCGAGUCUGCGCCAGUGACACCCGCGCUGGCAUAGAGGACUCUAAGAAGUGGGGGAUGCUGUUCCUGGUGAACCAGCUAUUUAAAAUCUACUUCAAGAUCAACAAACUCCAUUUGUGUAAACCUCUUAUCAGAGCCAUCGACAGCUCGAAUCUGAAAGACGACUAUAGCACGGCACAGAGGGUCACAUACAAGUACUAUGUGGGGCGCAAGGCCAUGUUCGACAGUGACUUCAAGCAAGCUGAGGAGUACCUGUCGUUUGCCUUUGAGCACUGCCAUCGCUCCAGCCAGAAGAACAAGAGGAUGAUUCUGAUCUACCUGCUGCCAGUGAAGAUGCUGCUGGGUCACAUGCCGACCAUCGAGCUCCUGAGGAAGUACCACCUGAUGCAGUUCUCAGAAGUGACCAGAGCUGUCAGUGAGGGCAAUCUGCUGCUGCUCAAUGAGGCGCUGGCAAAGCACGAGACUUUCUUCAUCCGCUGUGGCAUCUUCCUCAUCCUGGAGAAGCUGAAGAUCAUCACUUACAGGAACCUCUUCAAGAAAGUAUAUUUGCUACUCAAAACACAUCAGCUGUCUCUAGAUGCCUUUCUGGUUGCUUUGAAGUUCAUGCACGUGGAAGAUGUGGACAUUGAUGAAGUCCAGUGCAUUCUGGCCAACUUGAUACACAUGGGUCACAUUAAAGGUUACAUCUCCCAUCAGCAUCAGAAACUGGUCGUCAGCAAGCAGAACCCUUUCCCUCCGCUGUCCACGGUGUGCUGAGGCCCAGGCCCUGCAGGUGGAGAGCUCCUUCUGCAGCUGUCCUCUGUAGCUCAAGUCUCCGGGGCUUCCCCAGCCCCCGAGGCAGCUGCCAGCACCUGAGGGACUCACCGUGUUCCCAUUGUCCUAAUUCACGCCAGCCUCGCUAAGACCUGGAAUUCUCUUUCAGGACGGACAAACAGCCUGCUGCUGGCCUUCGGUGCCUGCGAACUUCUGGGAAGGAAACAGCUAUGCUUCCGUUUUAUGUUGUUUAUGGAGCUGUCUUUGUAACACUUUGUAGUGUUUUCUUUCUUUCCUUCUUUCUCUCUUCCUUUUUAAGAACAGGUAAUCCACAUUUAUACAGCGGGCGGGCGCCUUCUUGUGUGUUAAGUGAUGUAUCUAUUUUCAUAUGCGAAAUGUCAGCAUUUUGUGAGCUCAAAAUGCUUAGUUAACUUGAGGCUUCUUUUUAGAAAGUAGAAUUUAGGGGGCGGAGCGGUGGUUCAGUCACGAACAGCUGCUGCUGUGCCAGAGGGCGUGUGUUUGCUUCCUAGCACUCACGUGGCGGCUCACAGCCAGCUAACUCCAGUCCUAGGAACCCAUUGCUUUUGGCCUCCAUGGGCUCCUGCACAUGUGUGUACAUAAGCUCACUCGGGCAAACGGGCAAACGUAAGCAAAUACGUCUUCUUAAAGAAAAGCAGAAUUUAGUCUGAUGUAAAUUUUUCAGCUCUCUGCUCAUUUUCCUAUGGUUCUGAAGGCUAUGGGACUAAGGCAAGGCCUGACUGUUGGGCUCUGGUCAGGGGCCCAACCAGUAGCGUUGUCUGCGCUACUGUUGCUUGUCCUCAGCCUCUCUUCCUUUUCCUACAGCCUCUGUGCUGCCAGGCCCUCACUCUGCAGCUACGUCCAGCUUAACACCUUCCAGAAACUCUGUCUCUAGGCAGUUGGCCUGGACAGGGCUUCAGCAAAAGGUUCUGGGCACAAAACAUCCUGCAGUACUGGAGACGUACUGCUGCUGCUUUCUCCUUCCUCUUCUUCCUCCUCUUCCUCCUUUUCUUUUUUUUAAUAAAUAGUUUAUUUAUUUUA